AUGGCAGAAAAUGGUGAUAAUGAAAAAAUGGCUGAGCUGGAGGCCAAAAUCUGUCAUCAGAUUGAGUAUUAUUUUGGUGACUUCAACUUACCACGGGACAAAUUUUUAAAGGAACAGAUCAAACUAGAUGAAGGAUGGGUACCUUUGGAGAUAAUGAUAAAAUUCAACAGAUUAAAUCGUCUAACAACAGACUUUAAUGUAAUAGUAGAGGCAUUGAAGAAAUCAAAAGUAGAACUCAUGGAAAUAAGUGAAGAUAAAACUAAGAUCAGAAGAUCUCCAAGCAAACCCCUCCCUGAAGUGACUGAUGAGUACAAAAAUGAUAUAAAAAACAGAUCUGUUUAUAUUGUAAGUGAGCCUUUUAUCUACAUACAUGGGGAAGAUUACUUUACAAAAAAGAAUGAAGAAAGAAAACAAAAUAAAAUGGAAGCUAAAUUAAGAGCUAAACAGGAGCAAGAACAAAAACAGAAGUUGGCAGAAGAUGCUGAGUUGAAAUCUCUAAAAGAAAAGAUUGGCUGCUUGCUGAAAUUUUCGGGUGACUUAGAUGAUCAAACCUGUAGAGAAGAUUUGCACAUCCUUUUCUCAAAUCAUGGAGAAAUAAAAUGGAUAGACUUUGUCAGAGGAGCAAAAGAGGGAGUAAUUCUGUUUCAAGAAAAAGCUAAUGAA